AGCUUCCUGCCGCGCGGGGCGGGGUGUGGGGGUGGUGGUGUUGCAGGUCCCGGCACUCGGGCCUCAGUGCAGGGCCGAGCGCCCUGCAGGGCCAGCGAGUUUCCGGGGUCAGCCCCGGGCUCACGCCUCUGGGGCUUCGGGGCGCACAGGGCCCGGCUUGGCGCCCAAAUCAGAGAGAAAAAGUCUCUAACGGGACAGAUGUGCGUCGUCUGACGCCCACCACGCGAGUCCGAGACGGGGCGGGGGGGCCGGCGAGCUGGUGGUGGUCCCAGGCGCGCGGUCUUGGGGGCCCCGGCGGGCCUUGCGGAGACGCCUCGGGCUCCUGCUGCCCGCGGGUACCCCCUGACCUGGACGCGCGCACGGGGCACACAUUCGGAAAUGCCCCUCUCUCGCAGCCCAAACGCCUUUCCGUCAUCCCUUGCCCCCCACCUCGACUGCAGAAAGAUAAGCUUCAAGUUUUCACUCCGUGUCUCAAAUGUGCAUGAAGGAAUUUAACUGCACGAGUGAAUAACAGCAUUAGUUUCAAUUAAUUUUUUUUUUAAUCCCGGCAACAAUAAACUUUGAGAACAAAAGCGCUUUUACGUCCUUAAUUAGGCGAGCUUCCCAUCUGUGGUCUCUAAGUGUCUGCCUCUUGAUUUAACUUUGUCCUCCGCCCCGCCCCCGCCGUACACCCCUCCCCGCCCUGCCAGGCACUCCGGUUCCGUGGCCACCCCCGCCCCGCGGCGCCGCCGGCCUCGGCCCAGCCGGCUUCGGCCGCCCCGAAGUUCACACCGGCCGGCGGGCUCUGCGGCGGGGCUGGCGCGCACCAGGUGGCAUGCCCGCCUCCCUCCUCCGCCCUCCCCCUCCAUCCCGGACAAUUCCGCAGGCCCCUGGCACUCUCGCCCGCGGCUGGCGCCCAGGGCGCAGAGCUGAAGGGAGCUCGCGAGGCGCCUUCUGUUUACCUUUUAUGGUUAAAAUAACAGCUUAGCAAAGAAGCGACUUCACGAAGAAGCGAUUUAGUGAAAUCGUCUCAAGCUGCCGCAGCUCAGCCAGUUUAAUCACCCCCAGAGAGCUGAACAACUGCGAACACAAUGGGACACAAAAUCAUUUUCAGUGGUGUCGGGGAAAGGGUCGUUGUCCAGCACAGAUGCGUUGGCCGGAGGCAGCCCUGGAGGUUCUGGUGGAGGCGUAAAGCCUGGGGCUUCCAACGAUACUCUGGGCAGCGAUGGAAGCCUAGAUGCCUCACCGCAAGGAGCGGCCGAGCGGGUCCUCGCUUCACGCCCACGGCAGCGCCAGCACUGCGGAGGGAGGAAGCAUGUCCCGGUUGUCUCUUACCCGGUCGCCCGUGUCUCCCCUGGCCGCCCAGGGGAUCCCACUGCCAGCCCAGCUCACCAAGUCCAACGCACCCGUGCACAUCGAUGUGGGUGGCCACAUGUACACCAGCAGCCUGGCCACGCUCACCAAGUACCCUGACUCCAGAAUAAGCCGCCUCUUCAAUGGCACUGAACCCAUCGUCCUGGACAGUUUAAAGCAACAUUAUUUCAUCGACCGGGAUGGGGAGAUUUUCCGCUACGUCCUGAGCUUCCUGCGGACGUCAAAACUGCUGCUCCCGGAUGACUUCAAGGACUUCAGCCUGCUCUACGAGGAGGCGCGGUACUACCAGCUGCAGCCCAUGGUGCGCGAGCUGGAGCGCUGGCAGCAGGAGCAGGAGCAGCGGCGCCGCAGCCGCGCCUGUGACUGCCUGGUGGUGCGGGUCACGCCGGACUUGGGUGAGCGGAUCGCGCUCAGUGGCGAGAAGGCCCUCAUCGAGGAGGUUUUCCCCGAGACUGGGGACGUCAUGUGCAACUCUGUCAACGCCGGCUGGAACCAGGACCCCACGCACGUCAUCCGCUUCCCGCUCAACGGCUACUGCCGGCUCAACUCCGUGCAGGUCCUGGAGAGGCUGUUUCAGAGGGGCUUUAGCGUGGCUGCAUCCUGUGGGGGUGGCGUGGACUCCUCCCAGUUCAGCGAGUACGUGCUUUGCCGUGAGGAGCGGCGACCGCAGCCCAACCCUACUGCGGUCCGGAUAAAGCAGGAGCCCCUGGACUAGGCCCUGCCUCAGUGCCCACCUGAGGCCGUGUGGCCCUGGGGAACCCCCCAGGGCCCUGGAAACGGUGCUGGGGAGUUCUGCCUGUGCCUGCUUAGCAGUGGGCGUGAGACUGAGGGUGGGGCUGGAGCGUCCAAAGCCAGCCCAGGGAACCCCAGGUAUCAUGGCAACAGAACGUGGGGCGCCGGAGGCAUGCCCGCGGAAGGACCGUUAAUGUGACCCAAAGAUGCUGCGGUGGGGACAGUUCUCGGGGCACUGCGGCUCCCCGGCCUGGCACAGCGUUCUCCGAGGCAGGGUCAGCAGAGGCCUCCCGGCCCACUCCGGAGGAGCCGUUCAUCCUUCUCCACGCGUGGCAGACUCCGCGGGGUCUCCUUGCGUCACAGAUGGCUUAUUUUUCUACAGUAUUUAAGAUGGAAGUAACUAACUGCACAAGCCAGAGAGGCCGACAAGGACCAACGCUUCUUCAUCUGGUGCUCAGUUCUUAGCCGGACGUGUGCGUGCCCCCGUGGCAGAGGAGCUCCCGGGGGCCGGGGCCCAGGUGCCCGCAGAGUGGGGCUUGGGAGACCUCUGGUCCCUGUUCCAGAGACAGAGGCAAGAGUGGCAAUACCAUAGGAACGGAAGCAGGGCCCCCACGGGGCAGGGCUGCUGGGAGGAGGGCUGGGUGGGUGUGGGGGAUGGAUGGCUCUGGAACCAUCCGAGACCCUCACCUUUGCUGCCACCCGGGGUGCAGGCCACACUUGGUGAGUCACCUGACCUACCAAUACCCUGGGGCUUCCAGUCCUGAGUGUUCUCACACCCGGGCUUCUGCAGAAGUCUCUCCCCAUCCAGACCAGCCACGGGGCCACACCGCAUCCUUACCUCAGGAACGGGCCCCACGGUGAAGGGGCCCAUGUGUCAGCAGCGUCCUCUGGGUCCCCAGCUCAGGAAGCCGUCCCCAGCUCCGAUUUUCCCACACUAAUAUGCACACUGAAUUUGAGUUAAACCGUUCCACCAGCCUGCCAAUAAGACUGGGACACAAGGCAUACCUGGGGCUGUUGGCCCCGGGUUCCAACAAGGACUGGCCCCGAGGGGUGCUCACAGACCUGCUCCCUCCCAGACGACAGGCCCAAAGAUGGACACCCCUGGCCUUGUCACCCUUCCCUGCGCGCUGGCUCCACCCGGGUGGGGAAACCCCCGGGGGGGGGGCGCCGCAGCCAGCCCCGCGCUGUGUAACAACGCCUGUAGACUUGUAUAUGACUCCUUUAAUAUUGUAAAGAUGCCGAUGUACAAUUGUCGUGUGUUUGUGUAAACACAUUACGUUCCUAGUUCAUGCCAUAAAUGAUGCUAUAAAG